AAAUCCGUCUUGUCAACGGAUGUGCGGUAGCCUUUAAAAAACAUGCCUCUCAAGUCAGAGGAUGUGGCGAGGCCGCGACGAAAUCUCUACGUUUCCUAUCUGAGUUAUUAUUGGCACCGCAGCAGAGAGCUCGGGGGAUCAUCGAGUUUGAGUUGAUUCGUUGAUCGACACGUCAACAUCGCCGUGUGUGCGACGUGUGUUUGACUGAUACGAUUUUUAGGUAAAAAGAUUUUAAGUUUUCUUCAGCAAAUUUUUUGAAAACGUAUCCAAAUAUAAAUGUUGAUCUCAGAAAGACUAAGAGAGCCGAGCCGAGCCGCGCGAAUGAUGCGCCGAUGAAAUUAGUGACGGCGCGGUUCUCGGUCAUGUAAAAUUCUCAUCUCCGUCUCUGUGUCGUCCGCGGCGUCGUCGCCGUCGCUGUCACCUGACUACUACUCUUCGUCGUCUUCGUCGUCGUCGUCGUCUCCCGAAUCACAGCGGAGUCGGAUCAAUCCCGCGUGUCCCUUAACACGCUCGCUCCUUUCUUCCGUGUGUAUGUGUGUGAUGAAUAAUUUUGCCCGAACGCGAAUAUGAACUGUCGUUGAAAACGGCAUAUUGCUGGGUUAAUACGCGAGAUUGCGAUCUAUCUAAAGAUGGGUUUUUCCACGAGUUUGCAAGGACAGGCGUCGCACGAGGCGUUGCUGGCUCGUCAGGACGCCGAGAUCAAACUCCUCGAGACGAUGCGACGAUGUCUCACGUCAAAAAUCAAAUCCGAUCGGGAUUACGCUUCGACUAUCUCGUCGCUCGCCGUUCAAGGGAAAAAAAUCGAGCGCACCGAGGAUCUGGUUGGCAGUCUCGUGGUGCAGAGCUGGCGAGAUAUAAUGGAAUCGAUUGAUCAGACUGCGAAACUGAUCAAGCAACAAGCUGAUUCCAUCGAGAACAUUGUUGUGGAUCAGUUGACCGCAUUGUAUACCGAAAGAAGAAGAGCUAAAAAGCUUUAUCAGGAGGAACAGAUCUGGUUGAACAACCAGUUUCAACAGCUGACGGAGGACGUGACUAGGAAAAAAGUGGAGUAUCAGAAGAAUCUAGAAAUGUAUAAAUUAAUGAGGUCAAGGUUUGAGGAGUAUUAUGUAAAGUGUAAGUCUGGUAGAGGCGGCCGUAAAUUAGAUGAAGUGAGAGAAAAAUAUCAGAAGGCAUGCCGAAAACUUCAUCUGACACAUAACGAAUAUGUGUUAUUAUUAGGAGCUGUGACAGAAUGUGAGCAUGAUUUAAGGAUUUGUUACUUGCCAAGUUUGCUACACCGACAGCAAGCAAUUCACCAAGAAUUUAUAACCUCAUGGAAAGGAAUACUUCAAGAUAUUGUAAAAUAUUCGGAUUUUACGACGGAAAAAUUUCUGGAGAUUCACAACCGAGUGCAGAAAGCAGUCGACAAUAUCAAGCCUAUGGAAGAGUACAGAGAUUUUAUUGGGAAACAUAAAACUAGGCCAGCAUCGCCGAUCAGAUUCACAUUUGACGAGAAUCUCGUAGACGACACUUCGGGGAAAUUGUCACCAAAUAAACUGACUGUGGAUAAUUUGACUAUAGACUGGUUGAGAAGUCGCCUGACGGAGCUUGAGACUGCUCUCAAACUCACGCAACAAAAUCGACAGACCCCGCAACUCUCGCAAGAAAAUAACAGCGAUUCUAGGAUUUCGGUCUUGGAUUAUUCUCGCGAAAGAGAAGAGCUGAGAUUACGUUGUCAGGAAAAAAAGUUACAGAAACAAGUGGACGUAAUUAGGAGCGCUCUCAAUGAAUUGGGCUGCGAAGAGUUACCUUCGGGUUGCGAUCUUUCCGUGGAAGGUUCCUUCACCGAAUCGCCUACAAUUAACAAAAAUUACAAGUUAGUUAGAUCUGCAGUGCUAUUACAGAGAAGCACGGUUGCGGAUAGUGGUUUAUUCACCUUGAGAAGAAAUCAACGAUUCAUAAAACUAUUAAAAACACCUUUCAAAUCCUUACCGGCAAUUAAUGACUCGAAAAACCGAAUGAUUAGGGCAAAUAGCGAAGGGCCUACUGUCAAAGCAGACAAUAAUGUUCCUCCUGUUGUACCGUUGCGUGGAAUUUCGCAUUUAACCAACAACCAAAAAAGCAACGGAAACGGAGGUCUGAUGGAAGAGGAAUGGUUUCACGGAGUGUUACCCAGAGAAGAAGUUGUGAGACUGCUCGUUACCGAGGGUGAUUUUUUAGUGCGCGAAACAAUGAGGAACGAGGAGUGUCAGAUAGUUCUGUCCGUAUGUUGGGACGGCCACAAACAUUUUAUCGUACAAACAACGCCGGAGGGACAUUACAGGUUCGAAGGGCCUACAUUUCCGUCUAUUCAAGAACUGAUCAGACAUCAGUGGUUGUCCGGUCUUCCGGUGACUAGUCGAUCUGGUGCUAUUCUUAAAACGCCAAUUUUGCGCGAGCGAUGGGAGCUUAAUAACGAUGAUGUCAUCCUUUUGGAGAAAAUAGGUCGGGGAAAUUUCGGUGAUGUUUACAAAGCGCAACUGAAAACUUGUAAGACUGAUGUGGCCGUGAAAACGUGCAAGGUAACGUUGCCGGACGAGCAGAAGCGCAAGUUUCUGCAAGAGGGGAGAAUACUGAAGCAAUACGAUCAUCCAAAUAUAGUCAAGCUGAUCGGCAUCUGCGUGCAAAAACAACCGAUCAUGAUCGUGAUGGAAUUGGUGCCCGGUGGUUCGUUGCUCACGUAUUUGCGAAAAAAUGCCGGUACGAUAACACAGCGGGAGCAGCUGCGUAUGUGCAAAGACGCCGCGGCUGGUAUGAGCUACUUGGAAUCUAAGUACUGUAUUCACAGAGAUUUGGCUGCCCGCAAUUGCCUCGUAGGACACGAAUGCAUAGUCAAAAUUUCCGACUUCGGAAUGUCGAGGGAGGAAGAAGAGUACAUAGUUUCGGACGGUAUGAAACAAAUUCCCAUCAAAUGGACCGCACCGGAAGCUCUGAAUUUCGGUAAAUACACAUCGCUCUGUGACGUGUGGAGUUACGGAAUUCUGAUGUGGGAGAUAUUCUCGAAGGGCGGGAAUCCGUACAGCGGUAUGUCAAAUUCGCAAGCGCGUGAAAAAAUAGACGCAGGAUAUCGAAUGCCGGCCCCGGAAGGAACACCCGAGGAGAUUUAUCGAUUGAUGUUGCGGUGCUGGGAGUACGAGCCCGAGAAACGGCCGCACUUCGAUCAAAUAUACAAUGCUCUGGAGACAUUGUCAUAUUUGUAAAAAAAAAAACGUUUACAUUAAGAUUACACAUGUUGUUUUUAACGUUAAGGUUGUUUAACGUUAAGGUUGUUUAACGAUUUUAUAAAAUUCGCGCCUAUGGGCUUUCCGAUACUUAUUUCGUAUUACAUAUUUAUCGAAUUCCGCGAUAGUCAGUAUCCAGAAAAAAAAAUAACGUAACUUCUUAAGAAAGAAUUAAAAUACGCGGACAAGUCUUCGAAUCGAGUCUGUGUGUCAGAAACAGAUUUCAAUUCAAUCUCUGUCGAACGCAGAUUUGAACGGCGGAUCCCUGUCGAAAUCCAUCAAAUUUAAUGAUGAAUUUAAUCUUCAAAGAAUCGCGACGGAUCUGUUUGCGAAAGGAACCAGAUGGCUCCCCCCCCCCCCUGAUCUGUUAAAACGGUGCUCUGUUACGGUCGAUCUGUUGCCGCGGAUCAAUUAGCAAUUUGUUUACUUAGACACGUACCACACCCACUCACCCCUUUUCACACAUGCUAGCGUACCGUGCUACUUGCUACAAUAUAAUGCCGCAAAAGUGUGUCGAUUCCGUGUGAUUUUCCUCUUGACGAUGUUUCAAAUUAUUAUAUUAUGUUUUAUAAAUAACAAGUCUCUCUCUCUCUCUCUCUCCGUCCACGUAAAAUAAUUCAGUUUCUAUCUCUUACAGAUGAUAUAAAACCGAUCACACUUCUCACACGUAGUAUUCGAACAUGUAAUUUUUUUUUUUUUUUAAUUUGUUGUGUGUAAUCUCACGGUAUGACGUAAAAAUCCAUGUUGUCCUUAAUUUAUUUAAUGUAAUUAAUAUAUCUGUGUGUAAUCUUCGAUUAUAUCCUAGCGUUACUUUCAUGUAUAUAAAACAAAUAACGAACGUUAUAUGUAA